CCAGCGGUCUCCUGCGGCCCACUGCCUCGCCCCGCGCGGCGGCCUGAGAUAACGUCCUCUCCUCGUGUCCCCACGUCGGGCGUACACCCACCCCCUUCUGCCCGGCCCGCCGGCCCACCCCGCUGCAGUGAUGUGCGACAAGGAGUUCAUGUGGGCCCUGAAGAACGGAGACUUGGAUGAGGUGAAGGACUAUGUGGCCAAGGGAGAAGAUGUCAACCGGACACUAGAAGGUGGGAGGAAGCCUCUUCACUAUGCAGCAGAUUGUGGACAGCUUGAAAUCCUGGAGUUUCUGUUGCUGAAAGGAGCAGAUAUUAAUGCUCCAGAUAAACAUCAUAUUACCCCUCUCCUGUCUGCUGUCUAUGAGGGUCAUGUGUCCUGUGUGAAAUUGCUUCUGUCAAAGGGUGCUGAUAAGACUGUGAAAGGCCCAGAUGGACUGACCGCCCUGGAAGCCACUGACAACCAGGCAAUCAAAGCUCUUCUCCAGUGACGGAUGGAUGGACUGAUAACUUGGGAAGAAUGACUCUCCUGUGGCCUCACACUGCUGCCUGUCUGUCUGUCACUUUCUAUCUGCCAGCUUCUUCAGCUAAAUACUUUAAGAGGGGUGAGGGGAGAGAGAAAUUCAUAACAAAUCAGACUACCGGGGGGAAAACAUGUUUUGGAGGAACAGCAGGGAAUGUGAUCAGGUUUGUACUGGCAUUCCUGAUCAAACCAGCCUCUUUUCCAUCUCCAGUAAAAUAGACAGUGUAUACCCAAAGGAGAGCAAAAAAUACAGUGUACUGGGAUCAUUGGACCUUCUCAGCUCCCCAGCUAAUUCAUUGAUGAGUGUGUUGAAGGUCUCACUAUACAAGGCCGACUCUAUUUGGUAGCCCUAGCUGUGAGCAAUAGUGGCUGCUGUUAUGUCAACUUAGGGUGCUGAGAUAAGCAAUUAGCUACAGCCUUCUGCCUUAAGAAUGCACUCUCCUGGAGGUCCCUGGCUAGUUAAGAGCUCUGCCUGUGGUUAGUGACCAAAAUCUAUAUUGAAUGACUUUAAUCUUUAUGUGAAAGCUCAGAUAGGGUAAGCAGUGGCACACCCCUAAAUUGCUGGAUGACUAAACUUAGGAUUUUCUCUCCCCUUUCACAUCAGUUUCAUGUCUCUUUAGAUAAAACUGACUAGUUUUAUUUAUAAAAUGUUAAAUUGUAGGAGCCUAAAGGAGGAACCAUUCCAGUAUGCUUACUUCUUUUUUUCUCCUUUAGACUCAGACAUUUAUAUAACAUUGAAACACUUUUGAGACUCCUUGUGGUAGUAAAGGAGAUUUAAAAAUAAAAUCAUAGCCAUAAGCGUGUUAGUAUCUUAUAAGGAGAGAACAGUUAUCUUAGUACUAUGGAUUUUCUUCAUUUGUUGUUUGAGUGAAUCGGCCUUAGUUGUGUUUGGAGAAUGAAGACUAUUCUUUGUAAUGCCUCUCUGAGACCCACCAUGGAUGCUGAUUUUGUAGUGCACCAAAGCUAUCACUGGGGUGAGAUGUACUGUUUGGACAGAUGGAACCUCAUCCCUUAAAAAAUGUUCUUGUUACCAGGUUUUCCUGAGCUGUUGAUAGAUUCUUGCUGGGCCAACAUCACCCCACCUGCAUAGUGUUUUUAUUUCUCUUAACAGUCAUGCAUUGCAUACAUGUGCGAAUCAAAAUACAUUCUGUGUUCUGAGAAUACAGUGCCCUAAAAUGGUGGGUGUUCUUAGGGCCUGCAGAAAAUCUCGACUUAUCUCUAAUUUUUUUUU